GACUUCCUGUCACUUAUUGAACGAGCACGUACUAAUCAUAACACCGGUUUUCGUUUUCAAGAUGGCCGAGAUUGACAUUUCUUGUCAAUAAAGUUCUGAUUAAACCAUGGUAUCUUGUUAAAUUAUUUACCGAUUAUACUAUGGCUGGUUUAUUUCAUUGUACACUGAUUCUGUCUUUAUUUACAUGUACAUUUAUUGCCCAUAUUUGCGGUCAACUCGUAAUAAACGUCAAAAAUAAUGGAGGAGAUGUGGAACGACAAAGUAUCGAGGCCAACACCACCGCUGACACAGUGUUGCUAGAGUUCUUGUCGAAAGAUGGCACCCACGUCACCCAGUUCAUUGACUUUAAAUCGGAUGUGCAGGUAUUCAAGGUCUAUGUCCCAUGGGAAGAAGAAAGGGGGAUAGUCCAGCCAUAUCCACAAGUGAUGUGCUUUGUAACGAGGUUUGGAAAGAAUGAGUUCAUAUCAUCUGACGCUAUGUCAAAACUCAGACAGAAAAAUCCAACUGCCAUAAGAAGCCCGGAAGAAGACCGGGGUAUGGAGACAAGGGAGUUAAAUCUUGCAGUUAAUCUCGAGAAAUCAGGUGUUCUCAGUCCCUACCUGAAGAGUGUUUGUGAGAACGCUGCUGACGCCAUUUAUGCCCAAGACUCGGACAUAAAACUGCUUGCACAAGUUUUAAAUAAAGAUCUGAAUGCAAUGAUGUCUGCUACUAACUCCUCCGUCACUGGAAAUGGCACGCGAUGCAAAGACGUCUCGGACAUUAAGAAAUCUUGCCUGUGCCAACUGCACAUCUGUAUCGGAUGGUACCCGUGCGGUUUAAAGUAUUGCCGUGGAAAAGACUCGUCCGGAAAGGUUGUGAACUAUCGAUGUGGCAUCAAGACCUGCAAACGAUGCCUGGUCUUCAAAUACCCUGUGAAUCAGAAAAUGUUGUGUUUGUGGGAUGAUUUAUGAUAAAAAAUGUUUUCUGUGGAAAAUUGACACAAUGAUAUUCUAAUUAUAGUAAGUUGGGUAUGUUUUAAAGUAUCAAUGCAGUAUGCAUGAUUUUCAAAUACCCUGUGAAUCAGAAGAUGCUUUAUUUAUGGGAUGGUUUAUGAAAACAAAAAUUGUUCAGUGGAAAAUUCUCACAGUGCUGCAGCUAGGAGUAGAAAAAGUCAAGGUGUCAUUUUCUGAAGAGGGCCAUCAUUUUCUUGUGGCAUUCUUUCAAGAUAUCAACUAUCAUAUUACAUUGGUGUAUUUUCAUUAAAAAUAUUGUUUUAUACUUUAUAAAACUAUUUUCACAGUGAAAAUUUAGUUUAUUUAUUAAAACUUUGGAAUUUGAAGUAUUAAUAUAAUGUGAUCGGAUCAAGGAAAGGGCAUUAUAAGUGCGAGGGAGCAGGUAGGGACCUUGGGAUGGCAGGGUGCUCCGCCCUUCCGUUUGGACCCAGCUUGAGCACCGUUCUCACUAUUAUGUUCUUAGCAUAGUAAAAUGGGAACAUUUAGGGAAAUAUCUAGAGCAGUAUACAGUGUUCACCAGGAGCAUCAGCAGCCGGCGAUUUCACCGGUUACAUUCAAUCUAGAUGCUGGAUACUUUUCCCCAAAAUAUCAAUUGAAAUGAUGAAAUACACCUUUUUAUUCCUUAGUCACUGGCUACUUUGAAAAUAUAAAUGGCUUCUCAAAUUUUUCUGGUGAAUACUAGGGGUAUAGGAGGGUUGCCGCCAAUGGUCCUUUUUGCUUCCCUCUACUGGCCUGUCUGGAUUGGUGAUUCUAGAAUUUUCCCUUCAUUAACAAAUAUGUUAAGCCUUAGCUGGGUUGUAUAUUUAAUUAAUUUACAUGUUGAAAGCAUACAUUUUAAGCCCUUGUAGCUGUGAUAAAGUCUGCUUGAUUUUAACAUUAUUUUAUACAAAAAAUUUCUUUUAAUGAUUUCCAGCAAUACAGUUUAGAAAUAACAAAAUGUACAUUAACCUUUUAGAUAUCUUAACUUAAUUACUUUUUUGCACUGUUAACAUAUUACUUUCACAAUCUUGAAUAAAAAAAUAAUAAUUUUAUAACACCUUUUCAACAAUUAACUACAUGUAAUUAAAGUAAAUACGAGCCUGUGCCAAUAACACGCUAUUACAAUUUUCAAGGGUUUUGUUGUCACAACUUGUGUUUAUGAAUGCUAAGUAAUUGCUAAAUAUUUUGACCCCUCUAACCCAUCAUCUUGUAUCAUCGCCUAGAAGCUGUUCUACAUUGCCAUAUUUUGUAAAAGAUGAAAACUGGUAAAUAAGUAUUAGCUACUGAUUUAUUCAAAUCAACUAUAGUUGAGUAUUCAUGUAUUCAGUUCAACUAUAGUGGCCUUUUUAUGUAUUCAGUUCCACUAUAGUUGCCUAUAUAUGUUUUCAAUUUAACUAUAUUAGCAUAUCCAUGUAUUCAAUUAAACUAUAAUUACCCAUUCAUGUAUUCAAUUCAAUUGCAGUUGCCUAUUUACAUGCUCGAUUUAAUUAUAGUUGCCUGUUCAACAGGCUUGUACAAAGUAGCGUUUAGUAUUCAAUACAAAAAGCAUUUAUUAGUUGUAAGAAAUCUUUGAGUAUUUGUUCUUAGUGCACUUAUGUACACUUGAAAAAAUAGUAAACAUUAAAAAAUACAUGAAAUGUUUUUUAUAUUUUUUUUUCCUUGUUUUUUGUGAAUUCACCCAUGGUGAGAAGUAUAGAUUGCUGGAAAUUAUUGUAAAAACAUUUCAGCAUGAAACAUAUAGGUGUUUUUAAUGACUUUUUCAUGGGCACAUAGAUUCGUGGAUUUUUGAUUUCGGAAAAAAAAGAAUUUGUGUUGGUCAUUUUCCAAUAUGUGUGUUUAAAGGGGCCUUUACUUGUUUUGGUAAUUGACAAAAUAAAAAAAAAAUGUUUCAGAUUCACAAAUCAUUGUUGUAGUUAUGAUAUUUGUGAUGAAACAGUAAUACUGAGCAUUUACCAUGCUCUAAAAUAUCCAUUAUAUGAAUCUUUUGACAAUUUAAAAACCUGAAAAUUAUGAAGGGUUGCAACACGAUACGAUUUAAUAAUUUGGAGAGUUCUGUUGUUGUGGUUAUAUAUACGAGGAUUGCUUAUAUAAAGUAUAAAAUACAUCACUCACUGUAUGAGCAUGGAUGGCCAGGUGGUCAAAGGUUUAGACUUUUACUCCAAGGGUCCGUGGUUGGAGCCCAGAUGAGGGUAACUUUUUUUCUUUUUUAAUUUGAUUCUUGUGUUUUUCACUGGAGCUUUUUAGAUCCAAUGUUUACAUUUAUCAAUAUAAAGCAUUUAGCGACAAACUUCAAUACAUGCCAAAAUCAGUGAAAAGGUCCCUUUAAUUGCUAGAUCGGUCAACCCAUGGUGCCCAGCCCAUGAAACACGCACAUUUAUCAUGGUGGGGAAGCGGCGACCAAUAAGAAGUAAGCUUUAAUUCGUUGAUCGGUCAACCCCCUAAAUCAACGAAAAGUAAAAUACUAAUAGCAAACGAAUAAUGAUGAUUUUAAAGCCUCCAUAACGCUCAAAAUCAACGAAAAUUGUGUAAAGUAUUUUGUAAAAUAAAGUUAACACCUAAACAAUCAGUGUUCCUUAUGUAGCAAUAGCCACAACUUUAACGCUAGAUGUGGUAUGAUUACAUAGAUUUUUAAAUGCUCGUUUUUAUUUAUUUGUGAAACAAUUAAUUCCAUUUGAAUUUCCUGUGAAUAUAUCUAAUCAUACGACACAGGAACGCUAAAAUGGUACCAUGUUAGUGUUCAUGUGUUGUAUUAAUAGAUAUUGUUGCGGGAAAUUAACAUGAAAUUAAAUAUGCAUAACAAUAAUAAAAAUGGGAAUUUUGUAUCUACAAAAAUCUAUUUUACUAGACCACAUCUGGCGUUGACAUUUGUGCAAUUGCCAUAAGGAACACUUAUUUUCAAUUGUUUAACUUUAUUUUACGAAAUUUUCGUUGAUUUUGAGCAUUAUAGAGGAUUUAAUGUAAAUUAUUAUUGGAAUGAGAGAUUGAGUUUUGAUUAGUAUUUCUUACUUGUUUGCAUGAUAUAUCAUUUAUGCAAUUAUUAACAGUAUGUAUAAUGAUCAGCAUGUCAUACAAUUUUUAUACAUGUAGUGUAUCUAUUUUACAUUUGAAUAAAACAUUGUUAUGUCUACAGUGACACUAAAUCUGUACAAAAUCAAACCUUUUUUAUAUCUGGAUUGCCAUAAAUAAAGAGUUUCUUAACUA